GCGUUGACUUUAGCCGAGCAGCCCCACGUGCUUGAGUUCCCGUUGGGGUUUGCAGCCUGUUGGACGUGUUUGGCUGCUCGGCUGGAAAGCAGAGCUUCAGGAGGGCUCCACAGGACGCGUCUCCUUCGCCAGCCGUCGAGCUCCGCCGCUGCCCGGCUGGAGGGCAGAGCGGGGUUUGCGCUGCAGCCUGGCGAGGGAGUUGGAGAGCGAGAGCAAAGCAAUGGUGGCGAGAGACCCCCGAGGGGCGCGACCUUCCUGCGGCGCCGCAAAGCUUAGGUGACGGAUGGUUCUCCCCGCUGCUCUUCUUGCCCCCGGGUGUCUGCGUGAGAGCGAGGGCCGGGGGCUCCUUUGGAACGAAGGAGGGAGCACUUCACUAUGUAACUCAACGACGCGGAAGGCAAUCGCCCAAAUUUGGAGGAGGCUACAGCUGCGACCGGCGUUCCAGCUGUGGCGACUCACCCCUGAGACACCAGCUCUGAGCAAAGGGCAGUGAAACCUCUCCCAGACCACACCAAGUGGCUCCCAAAACGGGACGGAAACUUGACUUCAGCCAGAUCCAGUGGCACCCGAAGUAUUCGAGACUCCCCUGAGAUUGAUACAUGGACUCCCACUUGGAUGAUUCGUGCAGCUGUUUCCUUGCCUUCUUGGACCACCAGGUUUGGAGAGUCAGCUGCUGGCAUCUGGAUAAAGAAACAGCCUCUUGAAUGGCUGCUAUGGAACUCUAGAAGGGGAAAGUCCGGAUUGUAACUCUGCCACCCACCCAGCUUGCCUUUGGAAGCAAAGACAACCUGGUCAAUGUUGGGAAAUAGCAGCAGCAGCCCCAAUUGCACCCUCUACAGCCAGGAUUUUGCCUGGGGUGUCUGCAAGGUCACGCUCAUGGUCCUCCUGAUCAUCGCCAUCAGCCUUGGCAAUGCGGUGAGCCUCCUGGUCUUCCUUCGUGUCAAGCAGUUCCGAAGCCCCCAAGGCUACCUGAAGGCCUCUUUAGCCCUAGCUGACUUCAUCGUAGGAGUCAUGGUAGUGCCUUACUCCGUAUACAAGGAGGUGAACAGGUUGGUUUAUGGGAUUGAGCAAGAGACUGUUGAGUCCAGUGAGCUGACCUGCUAUAUCAUCGGGCCCCUCUUUGCCGGCUCCACCUUUGUCUCCAUCACCACCAUCUUUCUGCUUUCCGUGGAGAGGAGCAUAGCAGUGUUGAAACCCUUGCACAAGAAAGUGGUAAUCACCAAACGCAGGACUGUUUGGUUCAUCCUUGUCACCUGGGCCUUGAGUUUCUGCAUGGCAGUGAUCCCCAUGCUUGCCUCCCCAGACAUUAUUCUCCAGUACAAUACCUGCAGCAAUCUGUGCACCUAUGAGUUUCUGCCAAACAAACCACCUCAGUCCCAUUGGAAUAUUAUGUUGCUGUAUCCAAUCUUUGAUUUCUCCCUCUUGGGUAGCACUUUAGUCAUCAACGUUGUCACUUUUGGUGCCCUCCACCAGUACUGCAAAACCCGGAAACAGCUAGGGGUAGAGUCAAAGGGAGGCAGCCAGCUCUCCUUCUCAGACAUUAAUGCAGCCAAAACCAUUGGCAUAUUGACUUUUGCUUUUGCAGCUGCCUUCAGCCCCAUUGCUAUAUUUGUGGUGGGUUCUGUGAUGGGUCACAAGUGGUGCCAUUUCUCCUUCUAUGCUUUCUGGAUCCUUACUUCCAACAGCUGCUGGAAUGUGGCCAUCUAUAGCAUCUGGGACCCCAAGUACCGUCAGGGCGUUAGGGAGCUCUUUGGAAAGAAAGUGCUGAAAUCAGUCUCCCAGGGCCCUAGUCACUCCAUGGAGGUGGACAGUACUUCUGUGGCUGGUGUGGUAGUCCUCAAGGACAUGUUCUGCCUGGACAAUACUUGAACUUUUUUCUGCCACUUGUCAGUGGAGGUUGCUGUGUUAUUCCUUUAAGAUAUUCUGGAUGUUCAGCCAGACAAAUAUUUAUUAAACUUGUAUCUUACUCCUA